AUGUGUCUUCUUCAAUCAAUCAAUCAUAAUGAUGAUAAACAAAUGCGACGAUUUCGUUUACUUGUUAAACAACGUCUUUUGGAAUUAUUAGAAUUUAAUCGGCAUAGUAAGAUUGAAUUGGUUGAUAAACAGAAUCGAAAAAUUUAUAUAACUUAUCAAUAUGUCGUUGAUUUUGAACAUUAUAAGAACAUUCUUCAAUCAUAUGAUAAAUGUAUUACAUUAACCCAAAAAGGAUGUACCGAGACCGAGACUCGGUCUCGUUCAGUCUCGGUCAUGAUCUUGAUAUUAACUGGACCCUAUGUUGUACCAUUUAUUUCUGAUCAUCCUCGACAUGUAUUUGAUAACAUUGUACAAACAAGUCUUCGACGUGCAAUCAAAUAUUCAUCAACUUUUCAAUCAUUCAAUGAUGAGAGAAGAUAUAUCAAAUCAACAUUUUUGUACAAUGGUUACCCUUCUUCAUUUAUCGACAAGACAUUCCGAAAAUUCUUCUCUGGCUACAUAUCAUCUCGAUCAUUUCUACCAUUUCUUGAUAAUGAAAGGCAAUUCUUACAAAUGCGUAUUGAACUAUCUGGAUAG